AUGUUCAGGAAUACUGCCUUGAAGGCCUCUCGGAGGUCCUUCCACCUCGCCUCGAGCGCUCGUUUCGCCUCGAAGAACCCUGGCUUCAGCCUCGCUGCUCGUCGUCCUCUCGCUGUUGUCAACGGUACCCGCCAAUAUGCUUCCGAGGCCUCAAGACCUGGAGUGGACGCCAACGAUUCUUUCCUCUCCGGCAACACUGCCAACUACAUUGAUGAGAUGUACAUGGCAUGGAAGCGUGACCCGUCCAGUGUCCACAUCUCAUGGCAGACUUACUUCAAGAACAUGGAGUCUGGCUCCAUGCCCAUGUCCCAGGCUUUCACUCCUCCCCCUACCCUCGUCCCCACCCCAACUGGCGGUGUCCCCCAGGACAUGCCCGCUGCUGGCCUUGCCGGUGGUACCGAUGUCACCAACCACUUGAAGGUUCAGCUUCUUGUGCGCGCUUACCAGGCCCGUGGUCACCACAAGGCCAAGAUCGAUCCUCUCGGCAUUCGCGGAGAGGCCGAGGCUUUCGGCUACGACAAGCCCAAGGAGCUUGAGCUCGACCACUACGGUUUCACUGAGCGCGACCUGGACCAGGAGUUCGCUCUUGGACCCGGUAUCUUGCCCCGUUUCGUCACCGGAGAGCGCACCAAGAUGACCCUCCGCGAGAUCAUUGAGUCUUGCGAGAAGAUCUACUGCGGCUCCUACGGUGUUGAGUACAUUCACAUCCCCGACCGCAAGCCCUGCGAGUGGAUCCGUGACCGCUUCGAGGUCCCCGAGCCCUUCCGCUACUCGGUCGAUGACAAGCGUCGCAUUCUGGAUCGUCUCAUCUGGUCUUCCAGCUUCGAGUCUUUCCUGGCUACCAAGUACCCCAACGAUAAGCGUUUCGGUCUGGAGGGUUGCGAGACCCUUGUCCCCGGUAUGAAGGCUCUGAUCGAUCGCAGUGUUGACUACGGUAUCAAGGACAUUGUCAUCGGUAUGCCCCACCGUGGUCGCCUGAACGUUCUGUCCAACGUUGUUCGCAAGCCCAACGAGUCCAUCUUCAGUGAGUUCGCUGGUUCCACUGAGCCUUCCGACGAGGGUUCCGGUGAUGUCAAGUACCACUUGGGUAUGAACUUCGAGCGCCCUACCCCCUCCGGAAAGCGUGUCCAGUUGUCCCUGGUUGCCAACCCCUCUCACUUGGAGGCCGAGGACCCCGUUGUCCUGGGUAAGGCUCGUGCCAUCCAGCACUACAACAACGACGAGACCGAGUUCAACACCGCUAUGGGUGUUUUGCUCCACGGUGACGCUGCCUUCGCCGCUCAGGGUGUUGUCUACGAGACCAUGGGAUUCCAGUCUCUUCCCGCCUACUCCACCGGUGGUACCGUCCACAUUGUCGUGAACAACCAGAUUGGUUUCACCACCGACCCCCGCUUUGCCCGUUCCACCCCUUACUGCUCGGACAUUGCCAAGUCCAUUGAUGCUCCCGUCUUCCACGUGAACGCCGAUGAUGUCGAGGCCGUCAACUACGUUUGCCAGGUUGCCGCCGAUUGGCGCGCUGAGUUCAAGCGUGACGUUGUCAUUGACAUGGUCUGCUACCGUAAGCAGGGUCACAACGAGACUGAUCAGCCCUCGUUCACCCAGCCUCGCAUGUACAAGCGCAUUGCUGAGCAGAAGGCCCAGCUUGACAAGUACGUCGAGAAGCUCAUUGCCGAGGGUACCUUCACCAAGGAGGACAUUGAUGAGCACAAGAAGUGGGUUUGGGGAAUGCUCAACGACAGCUUCGACCGCAGCAAGGACUACCAGCCUACCGGUAAGGAGUGGCUCACCUCCGCCUGGAACAACUUCAAGAGCCCCAAGGAGUUGGCCACUGAGAACAUUGCCGAUAAGGUCAGCGGUGCUGCCGCCCCCGAGGGCUUCACUCUCCACAAGAACUUGAAGCGUAUCUUGGCCGGCCGCAAGAAGGCUGUUGACGAGGGUAAGGGUAUUGACUGGGCUACUGCCGAGGCUCUGGCCUUCGGUUCCCUUGUUGACGAGGGUUACCACGUCCGUGUCUCCGGACAGGAUGUUGAGCGUGGUACCUUCUCUCAGCGUCACGCCGUUCUCCACGACCAGGAGACUGAGGCUGUCCACACUCCCCUGCAGCACAUCAGCGACAAGCAGGGUAGCUUCGUCAUCUCCAACUCCUCCCUGAGUGAGUUCGGUUGUCUUGGUUUCGAGUACGGUUACUCCCUGACCUCCCCCGAGGCUUUGGUCAUGUGGGAGGCCCAGUUCGGUGACUUCGCCAACAACGCUCAGUGUAUCAUUGAUCAGUUCAUCGCCUCCGGUGAAUCCAAGUGGUUGCAGCGUUCCGGUCUGGUUGUCUCUCUGCCCCACGGUUACGAUGGACAGGGUCCUGAGCACUCUUCCGGUCGUAUGGAGCGUUGGUUGCAGCUCUGUAACGAGGAGCCUCGCGUGUUCCCCCCUGGUGACAAGCUUGACCGCCAGCACCAGGACUGCAACAUGCAGAUUGUCUACAUGACUGAGCCCUCCAACUUGUUCCACGUUCUCCGUCGCCAGAUGCAGCGCCAGUUCCGCAAGCCUUUGAUCAUCUUCUUCUCCAAGGCUCUCCUGCGUCACCCCAUUGCUCGCUCUGACAUCGAGGCCUUCACCGAUGACUCCCACUUCCAGUGGAUCAUCCGUGACACCGCCCACGAGACCGGUGCCAUCGAGGCCCCCGAGAAGAUCGACCGUGUCAUUAUGUGCUCUGGACAGGUCUACGCCGCCCUUGUCAAGCACCGUGAGGCCAACGGUCUCCGCAACACUGCCAUCACCCGUGUUGAGCAGCUGCACCCCUUCCCUUGGGCCCAGCUCAAGGAGAACCUUGACAGCUACCCCAACGCCAAGGACAUCGUCUGGUGCCAGGAGGAGCCCCUCAACGCCGGUCCCUGGUCUUACGCCCAGCCCCGUCUUGAGACCCUGCUCAACUCCACCGAGCACCACAACCGCCGCCACGUCAUGUACGCUGGUCGUGCCCCCAGUGCUUCCGUCGCCUCUGGUCUCAAGGCUGUUCACUUGAAGGAGGAGCAGGAGUUCCUCGAGGAGGCUUUCUCCGUCCACCAGGAGCGCCUGAAGGGCGAGUAA